GGAGUUUCACCACGGGUUCCCCACCGGUUCCCCACCACGGGGAACCGCUGGCGACGCCAGUGCUGCUCUGCUGCUAGACCCGACGGUCCUCGUGGUUGAGUGUUUGGGGCAAUUAUUUGGACCAACAUCGUCCAAUUGUAGUCAAUGAACCAUCGCCAUUGUAGUCCGCAGGAUUAAAAGGCUUCCAAUUCGGCGAUUGAUUUCAAAGCUGGGUGUAGCGGAGUUUCGCCAGUGGGCGCGGGGCAGGGGUCGCCUCUUUAGAGACAUAGAGAUAGAGAGAGAGAAAAAGCGUACGAAGAAAAGCAAGGAGCGGAGCGCACUGCAGACUGGAGGAGCAUCCGAGUGUCUGUCUGUGCGCGUCCAUGUGGUUCUGAGGAGCUGCGCUUUCUGUGAGGAGGAGAGUAUUGGAGGAUUGGAGUCUCGGACCAAAUGAAAGCAUGAAAGGCAUGGAAAGAGUUCUGAUUUCGGCCGAUUAAUGUGGCGAAAUUCUACGUGAGGAAGUUGAUGCAUGAUUCUCGUACAGUGUUGGAAUUGCCAGAUCCUUUCAAUUUGUUGAAGUCUUUAUUCUGCACGAGUGAAUGUGGAGUGGAGCGAGAUGAGAUUUGGAGGUGGAAUGAGCUCGAAGUUUUUUAGGAGGGGGCUUCUGGAGGUGGAAUGACCCGUUGCCUCUGCAUAGUAGGAGCGAUUGUGGUUUGGCUUCCGAGGCGUGUGUUCAAUGGCUCCUGCAAGAAAGAAAGUGAUCAUCGACACGGAUCCUGGCAUUGACGAUGCGAUGGCAAUACUCAUGGCUUUUAAUUCCCCCGAAUUGGAGAUAAUUGGAAUGACCACUAUAUUUGGCAAUGUUUCAACUCCACUAGCAACCACCAACGCUUUGUACCUGUGUGAAUUGGGUGGCUUGCACAUACCAGUUGCAGAGGGCAGUUCGGAGCCGUUGAAGGGUGGGGUUCCUCGAAUCGCUGAUUUUGUUCAUGGAGCUGAUGGUUUUGGUAAUAUUAACGUGGUCUCCACGGUUAAGAAAUCCAGCCAGAAAAGUGAACAAGCAGCGUGUGAUUUUUUAAUUCAGAAGGUAGCUGACAAUCCUGGUGAAAUCACCAUAGUGGCCCUUGGACCACUCACCAACGUUGCACUGGCCAUACAAAAGGAUCCUUCUUUCGGGAGUAACAUCGACGAGCUUAUUGUGCUCGGCGGAGCAUUUUUCGCCUCGGGAAACGUAACCCCGGCUGCUGAAGCUAAUAUCUUCGGUGAUCCUGAGGCAGCAGAUCUAGUUUUUACAGCUGGAAUCAAUACUCAAGUGAUAGGCAUUAAUUUGACUACACAGGUCAUUUUGAAUGAGGAAGAUUUGCUAGAGAUCAAGAAUUCGAAUUCGAAACACGGAGAUUACCUCUAUGACAUGACUCGCUUUUACAGAUCUUGGCAUCUCUCAUCAGACGGUUUAGACGGUAUUUUUCUGCAUGAUCCAACAUGCAUGGCAGCUGUUUUGAACUCAUCCCUUUUCACUUAUCGCACUGGAGUUGUUAGAGUGGAGACACAAGGGCUUUGCACUGGCCUCACAGUGUUAGACAUGGGUCUCAAGGAGUGGGUUGGUGAUAAUCCUUGGGUCAGGAAACCUGCAAUCAAGGUAGGCUGGACUGUGAAUACGACAGAGGUCAAGAAACUCGUCAAGGACUUACUGAUGAGACCUUAAGAAGUUACAACUCCUUUGUCCCACUUGAAGUUCUAGUUGUUCUUUUUUCUUAAAUGUUUAUUCUUAAAAUCUCCGGAGAGUUUGCCAAGAAAUUGGGAAUACUUCGCAGCAGCAUAUGAUUUGUAUUUGUGCAACUCUUUUAGUCAUGUCUGUAUACUCUCUGGGGUGUAGUCAUAAAAAUAUUGUCGAGUUUCCCUCCACCGAUGAGGUGCCAUGUGCAUUGCAUCAUCUUCCCUUUGAAAGCUCAAACAGAGCAAAUCUGUGAAGGAGCUUUCUCUACUUUUGAAGAAAUUGCUUUCAGACUGCAACUGGUCACCAGAGCCAAAUGGUACUUACGCCAAAUUUUGUAUCUACCUUUUGUGUACAAGAUAAUGGUCUUGAGAGUGCAAAGAAAGCGGAUUCAGGUGUCCCAAUAAUCCACAUAAGGUGGGUGCGAGAUAUAUACCUCCCUUAUUCUGUUCGAUCUUAAGUGACUAAUGGAAGACGAGAUCAGAGAGAGAAACAAGAGGAGCUGGUCUCGAAUGUUGCCUACUUAUCAGUAUUCUACUUCCAUCUUUAUCUCCUUACGAAGCAAUAGGUUCAUAUCCUAUUGGCACCAUAGAAUCUGAGCCAUUUUUUCACAAUCUAUGAGGUGCUUAUUCUAGAGAUCUGUGGCGCAUAGAUUUCACCUACGGGUUUUACGGCAUAUAAUAUCAUAUCAUGCCAUUUAUUCAC